GGCGCCCUGUGCCGGGGCGAGCGCGCGUGGACCGGCGCGGUCUUCGCUGCGCUGUCACCCGGGAAAGUCUGCGUCGCCCUCCCCGCGGAUGUCUUGGCAGGUCUUCGCGACCUGUUCGCCCCGUUCGCGGCGGGCUCGGGGCAUGCCCCCCCGGCGGCGGCCCGCUGGGUUGCGGGGACAUGCGCCCAGGCGCCGAGUCGGCUGGCCGCGAAGCGCCGCCUGGCCGCGUCGCAUGCAGCGGGUUCGCCACCUUUCGCGCUGUGGAUGCGGGCAAUGGUGCACCCAGAGGGCCUUGCUCUCGCCCCGCUCCGCAGGAUUGGGCGGGCUAGGGGCUUCGGCCCCGAGCGCUUCGCCGACGCCGACAUAAAGUUCGACGCGUCGCCGUGGAGCGGCGGGGCGGCCAUCUUCGUGCGCGGCGCUCCGUCCGAGUACUUUGCG